CUACCUAUUCCAGCCCACCACCCCCAAUCCGAUCAUUAUUCCUCCCUACAGAGUCGACCCUGCUCGCUUUGCUGCCCGCGCCAUCCACCGCCUCUCCUCCACCCAUUUUUAUACAUGUAUACAGGCUGUACAUGCACACAGUACACACCUACAUAGCAUAGCAUAUACGACAACGGUACGGCUGACCCAUUGGUUGCUGACCCCACCACCACGACGGACGGCAACGUCUACCCAUCCUACCAUCGAUUGACUCCACCCGCCAGUUCCUUUUUAUUCUCCAACCCCCCUCCAGCUCGCUGCUCGCCUUCCGUCCCGUCUCCACCCAGAUCAAUCCCGCCGCCAGACCCUUACACAGUUGUUUGUUUGGCACUGACGUGCCGCGCUACUACCUGUCGCUGUUGCUGUUGCUGUUUGCUCCUGCCCACCCAUUCAUCGCUUACCUGCCUACCUCAUAACAUCAAUCUCACCGGCCAACCACCUACCUCCUACCGCAAACACCACCACAACACAACACCACCACCUUCUUUCACUCCUUUCCUCGCGACCUCCGCCCGCCCAACCAAAAAAAAAUACAAUCCAUCCGCACCCGUUCGCGUCCCGCCCAUAUGCAGUCCAGACCAAACCCCAUGGCUCGAUCACGGAGGGCUCUGCGCGACGUCAGCGCUUCUCGCUCCGACACCUCCGCAUCCACCUCGCCCGAACGCGGGCCCGACGAUGAUAAUGACUCCAUUAUGCUCCAAGCCAACGACUCGGCUUCGUCUCUUGCGCCGUCGCUCUCCCCCGAUUCAGACGAAGAGGGCUUGCGCCGCGCUCUCGAAGAGCGGGCCCGUGUCUCCCCCAUAUCCCGCCUGCCCGCCGAACUCAUGAUUGCCGUCUUCGCAAAGCUGUCUUCCCCUGCCGACCUCAAGAGUUGCAUGCUGGUAUCUAGAGACUGGGCCAGGAACAGCGUGGGCCCCCUGUGGCACCGCCCACAGACUGGCAAGUGGCCGUCUCUCAAGACCGUCGUCAAAACCGUGGGUCGAGCCGAUAGCUUCUUCGACUACGCGAGCCUGAUCAAGCGCCUCAACUUAUCAGCUCUCGGCAGCGAAGUCAGCGAUGGUACCCUCCAGCCGCUGUCCGCCUGCAAGCGUGUCGAGCGCCUGACUCUGACAAACUGCAACAAGUUGACCGAUCUCAGCCUGACGGCCAUGCUCCAUGGCAACCGACACCUUCUCGCUUUGGAUGUCACCAAUGUCGACUCCAUUACCGAUAGGUCCAUGGUCAUGCUGGCCAACAAUGCUGUGCGGCUGCAGGGCCUGAACAUCACCAAUUGUAAGAAGAUUACGGAUGAAUCGCUUGAGAAGGUGGCUGCGAGCUGCAAGCACUUGAAGAGGAUCAAGUUGAACGGCUGUUCGCAGUUGACCGACAAAUCGAUCAUAGCAAUCGCUCAAAACUGCCGCUACAUCCUGGAGAUCGACCUUCACGACUGCAAAUCCCUCGAAGAUGAAUCCAUCACUACUCUCAUCACCGAAGGUCCACACCUGCGAGAGUUGCGGAUGGCCCACUGCUGGCGUGUCACAGACCAAGCCUUCCUGCGCCUUCCGCAGGAUGCCACGUACGAUGCCCUGCGCAUACUGGAUCUUACCGAUUGCACUGAUUUGCAAGACACGGGCGUCCAAAGGAUCAUACAAGCCGCUCCGCGUCUACGCAAUCUCGUUCUUAACAAGUGCCGCAACAUCACAGAUCGUGCUGUCAUGACCAUCACACGCCUUGGAAAGAACCUUCACUACAUUCACCUUGGCCAUUGCUCGAAAAUCACGGAUGCGGGUGUGAUGCAGUUGGUGAAGCUUUGCAACCGCAUCCGCUACAUUGACUUGGCAUGCUGCACGAACCUCACGGAUCAAUCCAUCAUGAUGCUGGCAGCUCUGCCGAAGCUGAAGCGGAUCGGUUUAGUCAAGUGCGGUGCCAUCACGGACCGCAGCAUUCUGGCUCUCGCCAAACCCAAGCAGGCUGGACACGGUGGUCCUGUCACGCCUAGCGUGCUUGAGAGGGUGCAUCUGAGCUACUGCACCAACCUGACGCUGACGGGUAUUCAUGCACUGCUGAACAGCUGCAUGCGCCUGACCCAUCUGAGUUUGACGGGAGUUCAAGCUUUUCUUCGUGAGGAUCUUGUCGUGUUCUGUCGUGAAGCACCUGCAGAAUUCAACGAGCACCAGCGCGAAGUCUUUUGCGUAUUCAGCGGUAUUGGUGUGUCCCGCCUCCGCAGCUACCUCAAUGCCGAUUCCCCGCACCGGCGUCACCCGUCCAUGUUCAUCGACGGCCAAUCCACCAUGUUUGAUGACGACGGUGAGGGCGCUGAUCCCGAAAUGAUUGUCAAUGUUACGGCACGCGCGAACGGCAUGGGACUCAACGACAUGGACGACGAUUUUGGGGAGGAUAGCGAGAUGAUGGGAUGAAGUGAGUGAGUUCCGUUACGUAAGACGUUGUACUGUUUUCUUUCUUUCUCUUCGUCGAGCAUGCUUUUUGGAGAAGUAGGCGGGUGGGAGGUCUCUUCUGGUAGCUGCCGGGUUUAUCUGGCAUGUCUUUAUUGAUGGCACGGCUGAUUUGUAUGCAUGAUUGAUGAUCGGCAGCAUG